AUGGCCGAGCUCGAGUCGCGGAUAGACGCCCUUGCAACUUCGAUCAUGCAGUCUCACAACCAGGCUGCGUCCGCUCGGGAGCGUUCAGAUUCAUAUCCCAGAACUAGUCCCACGGCUACCAGCUCUCCACGGGCUGACAGUGCCAGUCGUGCAUCUCAGAACCCGCUAUCUUCGACCCUAUCCAGUCCAUCACAUCGAGACGCCGUUCAGGGAAUGAGAAUUCCUUCUUCGUCAAUGUCCCCGUCCGCUGGUCAACAAACUCCGUCAGUUAAUGCUUUUGAGGGUCCAGAGAACGACACUAUACCCUCGUCAUACAUAGACGCUGUUAUCUCCCAAAACUUGGAUGAGACUACGGCGAAUAAUAUCUUCAAUAGAUACAUCACUGGCAUGGCGCCAAAUCUCCCCUUCGUGAUGUUCUCAGCCGACACCAAAGCAGCUGAUAUCCGAAAGUCAAAACCUGUCGUCUUCCUCUCGAUUCUCGACAUUGCAUCUGCUGGAUUCUGUGAGGUGUCUGCCCAGAGGAACAUACGCAAACUUAUAGUGCAGGUAUACCUUCAUUACAUGCUUAGGACCAACGAGUAUUCCCUUCCUGUGCUUCAGGCUUUGAUAAUAUCAGCAGCAUGGUAUCAGCCGAUUGAACCGAUUCAGCCUGGAGAACAGAUGGAUGUCUAUCAGCUCAGCCACACGGCUUCGAAUAUGGCCAUAAUUAUGGGGCUUGACAAAAAGCUAGGAGCAAGGUCGUGGGGCGGCCCGUCAUUCAUUCAGAAACAACGAUUAAAUGGCCCCAAUAGCAUUGUCCAGGAAAAAAGCCUUGCCGCGAGAAGGGUCUGGCUUGGCUGCCACUACAUAUGUUCAAACACGUCUAUGGCGCUACAUGCACCGAAUGUGAUGCGGUGGACACGGUAUAUGGACGAGUGCCUGGAGGCCCUUGAGAAUUCACCAGCCGCAUUUCCAUCUGAUAAGCUGUUUUGCCAACACAUCAGAUUGCAGCAUAUCAUUGAGGAGUAUGAGCUCCAGCUGGACUGGGACAAUUCGGCGGCCGCCAGCCCAACGCACGAGAUCCAAGCUCAGGUCACCCAUAGGGCAUUCAAGCGUCAGCUUCUAGAUUGGACUAAUGCGGUACCGGAGGAUUGCUGGAAUGAAACCCUUGACUUCUCUCGACUCUUCGCAACUCUCUAUAUCAACGACGUCGUGUUGAACUCAACCUCUCGACAAGACCACUGUUCAGAAUCAGAUGUCCAAUCCGAAAGCGAACAGUCUCAUAAACUCACUAUUGAUGAGUCCACCUUUUUCGAAUUCCUAGAAACAGUGAACAACAUCUUCCGUAUAAUAUUUUCUCUGGACAUGUCAGCAAUCCGCGCCCUACCGACAGUCUACUUUAUUCGAAUUGUUUACGUGGUCAUUAUUCUUGUUAAGCUCCAUUUCGCAGCUAUGCAGCUUCCUGGAGACGGUGGGAAAGUACAUACCGCUGAGCUUAAAGUCAGGGAGCGCCUUGACCAUCUGAUUCAGAUGUUUGCGGGCUGGGGGACUCUAUGGCCGGCAAAUAGGCUCAUGAGAGUCCUUCGGAAACUUAAGUCAUGGUUUGAGAAGAACAGCAGUUGCAAGAUGGCACAACAUGAGCUUUCAUGGCUGAAUUCUUGGGUCUUUAAGCAGGGGGAUGAUACAGGCUUAGAGAAAGAACACCCACAGCCGGCAACAUCGGUAUCAUCUCUGCCAGCCUUGGUCAACGACACAAUACCACCAGAAGCGCUAUCACAAGUUGCGCCUUCUCAAGCGCCUUCUCAGGCACCUUCUCAAUCCACUCUUGACUGGACCCUCCCAGACGAUUUGAUGAACACGUCUGCCCUACGAGACCUCCCAACGCCAUCUCCUUUUUCCCCCCAGUCUCAUAAUAAUACAUCUGAUGGUAUGCCACUCACUAGCCGAUCUACAGCUCCUAUCGACUUCUCUGAACCCCCUAGCUCAAUGGACCUUGAUCAGAUGUUCCCGGGAGCUAUAGAGGGAUUUGAGAUGGACUUUAACGUGAACGCCUACUUGGAUGCCCUCGGAUCUGAGGACUUUAGCAAUGGGAAGUUUGGCUUUGGUUCUCCUCAGAUGCAGUCGAAUACAGAUAUCUCAAGUACAGACUGGUCGACAUUUCUUGAAGGGGAUGCAUCAUUCGAUGCAGAUGGCGCGAUGAAAGGGUUAGAGUACGAUAAAAAGAAUAUAGGGGAUAGUUAG